GUCUCUGUCCUUCUAUCCCUCUAUCAUUCUCUCUCCUCUUCCAUCUCUCUCCUCCUCUCUGUCCUAUCAUUCUCUCUCCUCGUCUCUCUCAGCCACGAUGAAGCAGGUAGCUCGUACGGUGGCUAAAGUGGAGCUGUCUGAUCAUGUGUGUGACGUCGUGUUUGCUCUGUUCGACUGCGAUGGUAAUGGAGAACUGAGUAACAAGGAGUUUAUAGCCAUAAUGAAGCAGCGUCUGAUGCGAGGUCUAGAGAAACCUAAAGACAUGGGUUUCACCCGGUUGGUACGAGCCAUGGUGAAGUGUGCCCAAGACACCGCAUGGGACUUCGCCAUGCCAAAACAGAAUUAGAGACCUGUGUGUGUGUGUGUGUGUGUGUGUGUGUCAUGCCCAAGCAGCAUUAAGGAUGGGAGGGAUGUGUGUCUGCUUGGGCAGGCGUGAGAAUGCAAGUGUGUGUCUUCAUGUGACGAAAAAGUUGUUUACUCGACUCCUCCACACAACUCUAACCGUCGAUGACGUCUUCUCUCUCUCUCUCUCUCUCUCUGUGUCUCUCUCUCUCUCUCUGUGUCUCUUUCUCUCUCUCUGUGUCUCUUUCUCUCUCUCUGUGUCUCUUUC